UGAGAACAGUCCUAAUUUGAUAACUGCGGAAACAGAGCCAAAUAACGGCAGAGAAGUUAUUCUAUACCUAACCCACAGACCUUCCUCGGGCUUUGAUUUAUCAACGCGCAUGUUUGGGGAGGAACACUGGUGCGGCCGACGAUGAUUGUCCUUAGAAAGUGGAAUUUAAUGUGAUCUCCAGAAAAAAUCCGAUACGGAGGCUGGGGCCCUGGAAAUGAAAAGGGGCAUUCCGUGUCGGAUAAAAAGGAUGAGAGGUUUCGAGGGCACCGCAGAAACGAACCCUACAUGCUGCAUCAUAGCUUAUGUACCUGUGUAAAGGACCGUCUCCAUUGUUUAUGGGUCAUCUGACCCGAAGGGCAUCGUGCUUCGUCCAUCGUCGUCCGCCGUGCGUAAACUUUUAACGUUUCAAACUUCUUCUCAAGCUCCUGAGAUGGUGCUGACCAAGUGUUGUUAUUUUUCAGAUCACUGUUCUACGUUUUGUCCGUGGAGUGAUCACAACAGACAUGGUGUGUUGCAGUCCAAUAGACAUUGCAGGAAACAGUGGGGUCACAACAAAUCUUUGUGUGAAUGAUGUUCGGACAUGCGCAGACCCAGCAGAAUAUUCACGUACAAUCACGUGACAAACAGGUAAAAGAUAUGGUGAAAAAAAUGGUACUCAAUUUAGAAAAUCUUCAAGGUAACCUUCAACAAGUGGUCAGCGAUCUAAAGACAUUAGUUGAACAGAUAGACUCUGUUACUGCAAAAAUUGACAAAACGUACGGCACCAAGUGGCGACGUGAGGAAAAAUCUCUGUCAACAAAGACUGCACGUUCACCGUGCAAUAUUCCAAAGAAAACAAGUGUAAUCGGUGAUGACGUUAAACGUGACCUUCUCCGUGUAGAGGACACGAGAGCGUGCGACGCAUCUCCUGACCUUGACCUCUCUUACUUACAAAUCAGCCCAGGUGAGCACCGAUCGAGAUGGGGAAGGUCAUUAGUGUUUUCUGACCCUUUAAAUAUUUCCAGUAACGCCGAACGGACACCAAAGCGUUCUUUCUCCUUAGGCACGGAUAUGGGUGAUUACGCAGGCGCGCCUUUACAGGAUCUGCUACAGCACGAUCCUAUCUGUAGUGUCCCCCACCAGGCUCCAAAGCGUUCCUUGUCGGUGAAUACGGAUAUGACCGACAACAGUGGGAUAUCUGUCCAGACAUGUAUACCUGUACCCGUGGCUAAGUGUUUCGCGCAAAUUAAGCAUGAUGUUGUUGAGGAAGAAACAACACAUCACAAACCAGAAAUAGAUAUUACCCCUGAUUCAAAAUCUUCGGGAGAAGACGCUUUGUGCAAACCUGAGAUAUCGGUUGACAGCACGCCGGACAAUGGAAUAGCUACGUUACUUGAUUUCGGGGCGGCGGCCAGCAGUAGCGGUGCAAUAGGGGGAGGCAUACCGUACGAUUUAUUAAACUCUAAAAUUGUCAAUGUUGACAGCUCGAGCGAGCAUGGUUCAUAUAGUACGGAAGACUACGACGGAAUGUACGAACGCCUGAUGGAGAACGAGCUGGAAAACAUGUCGGCGUCAUCCGACUGCACCGACCUCACGGAAUCAUCCGAGUAUAAUAUGGAUUUGGGAAGUCUGGAUAAAAGUGACACCACCAGUUUUUCAGAUGAUAUUGAGGUCCGAUACGACCGCGACAUUAACACGUGGACGUCAUACACUUUAGCACACAUGAACAGUUCGGCGAGAAGUUCCGACAGUUGUCUUUCGGAAACCCCUUCAGAUAUACUUAAUGAUAACACUCAGGCUACUGUAAUGUAUGGAAACAUGAUAUUUUCGGACCAGCUGGUGGUUCUUAAUUCAAGAAAGCAUCGGCGUAAACGACUUCAAAGGGAUCACAUUACGAACAACGCCGUCGAUAUACCAUAAACAUGGCCUAGUCAUGAAGUUCACUCAUAAUAUUGGUGUUAAUUUUCCUGUAUCCUUAAAGGAAGGGAUGACACAAUUCUUUUCAAAGAAAAUGUGAUGUAAAAUUUGUGCAAUUUCUGAUAUAGAUUUUUUCACAAAUCUAUAUAUAAACCAAUGUGAAUAUGUGGAUGGCUUUGCGCCCGACGCAACCGGAAGUACAUCUAAUGGUACACAUACACUUGAUGUUUUCCUUUAAAUUGAUUGAAUGUUGAGUCGGUCUGACAGGAAUAUUUUAAGACAAUUAUGUGCCAUUAUCAGCUUUCUGUGGCAUUGAUAACACUUGUGAACAGUUGUGUAUUUGACAUUCGCCGCGAUUGAAUAACUGUUAUUGAGGAUCACGUUCAUUCUGGAGUCUUCGAUAUCCAUUAAAUAAAACCAAGUAGAAAAUA